AGGUAACGUAUUGGAAACAUAUCUACAAAUAAUAACUUAUAAUUUAUUAAGUAAUAUGAACGACAGGCGUACGCACACGUGGAGCAGAGGUGAGCCAUGACUGACAGUUUCUUAUUGUUCAAUCAGCUUCUGCUGGUCAGAAGAACCAAAGUAGAAGAACUGAGAGUGACACAUUCUUCAGAGAGUCCACCAAACACCUUUAACAUUUUACAAAACAGGGCCUUUGUGACUGAUAGUGUGUCUUACUCAAGUUUUCACCACAGAUGUCGUUAGCAGAGCAGAGCCAAAAAUGGUUGCCUACCAAUGUUCAAGUGACUGUCAUUCAGGCACGUGGCCUGAGAUCCAAAGGGAAAAAUGGCCUCAACGAUGCCUACUCAAUUAUUCAGAUGGGGAAAGAGAAGUUCUCCACUUCAGUGGCAGAGAAGAGCUUAACCCCUUUGUGGAAAGAAGAGGCUAGCUUUGAGCUUCCCUUCUUUCACCAAGGGAAUGAAAACAAAUGUUUUCUCUAUGUCAUCGUCAUGCAUAGAGCCCUGGUGGGGCUGGAUCAAUUCCUGGGCCAAGCAGUCAUCAAUCUGAUGGAGCUUUGUGAAAACAAGAGCCGCAACAAGACAGAGUGGUUCAAGCUGCAGUCCAAACCAAAUAAAAAAGAGAAAGAGCGUGGUGAGGUUCAGGUGGACAUACAGUUUAUGAGGAACAACAUGACAGCCAGCAUGUUUGACCUGUCUGUCAAAGACAAAUCGCGUUCCCCAUUUGGCAAGCUUAAAGACAAAAUCAAAGGGAAGAAAGAUGCAAAAGGCUUUUCUGAUUCUGCUUCAGCCAUUGUUCCCAGUGUCACUCAGGUAUUGACAGACAGUGAAGAUGAUGGUGAAAAAAAAGUGCAUCAACAGUUAGAUACCAAGAAAAAAUCCCCCAAAAUUAAGUCACUCUUCAAACCUAGCUCUCGUCUUCAACGCACCUCUCUUUCUCAGUCCAUGUCAGUGCUGCCAACUCUUCAGCCCCUCCCAGAGACCAGAUCAGAACUGAAGACCAGCCCAUCCUCUGAACUUGAUAAUGACAGUCUUAAUGAAGUGAAGAGUAAAGCCGAUAGCAAGCCCCCCCUCAAUUUCUUGACCCACAAGCGUACUCAGAGUAGUGAGGCCAAACAGUUACAACAGCUUUCAGGCAAAAAAGAGCCAUUCUCUCUGCUAGGAGGUCUGCGCCCCAAAAAUGAUCCUGUGUCUCGCUCUAAUGUAUGCAUUAAUGGCAGCCAUGUGUACACAGAAGAGCCAGAGGUACAGAAGCCUUCUUUGACAGGAUCUUUGCAGAACCUGUCAAAAAGUGCAUGUGGCUCAGUGGAAAAUAUCAAGGAUAAGACCUCUUCCAGCGAAUCCCUUAAAAGCCCCGCAGUGCAUUCCUACAAAGGAAAUAUUGGGAUUGCUGGUUCCCAAGAGGAAGAAAAGAAAAUGGAAGAGAAACUGCUGGUCGAGGAUAAAUUCAAAGAUGAUGAAAGAAAGAAGAAAACUUUGGAAGUAAGGGGGAAAGAAGAUGGAGCCAGGCAAGAGGAGGAGGAGGUAAGGAAAAUGCAGGAGGCCAAGAGAGUGGAGGAGGUCAAAAGGGAAGAAGAAAGGAGACGAAUGGAGGAGGAGAGGAGAAGACUGGAGGAGGCCAAGAGGGAGGAGGAGGAGAGGAGAAGACUGGAGGAGGCCAAGAGGGAGGAGGAGAGGAGAAGACUGGAGGAGGCCAAGAGGGAGGAGGAGAGGAGAAGACUGGAGGAGGCCAAGAGGGAUGAGGAGAGGAGAAGAAUGGAGGAGGCCAGGAGGGAGGAGGAGAGGAGAAGAAUGGAGGAAGUCAAGCGGAUGGAAGAAAAGAAGAAAAUGGAGGAGGAAAAAAAUAAAGGAGAGGGCAGUAAAGUAUCUACUUUAUUAUCCAUGGUUAGAGGAAAGAAGGAAUCUGGUAAGAGAGAGGAUAGUGUUUAUCCAGUAUCCUCUACUGAUCAGGAAUCACGACAGAGACAUUCAUCAGAGGAAUUUGAAGUUUUAAAGUCCACUAAUCCUUUUGAGGAGCCACCUCCAAAGAAGACUUCACUGAAUCCUUUUGAGGACGACAUGCCAGUCACCCCUGGAACAGGAUUUCUAAGCAGGACUGCAAAGGUGUCUGCAGUGAAACCAAGAUUGGAAGUGUCUCCCAAGGCAGAAACUGUCCACGAACUACCUUCCCAUACCUCUCCUGAUUGCACUGACCACCUUACUUCCCCUUCUGACCUUUUUACCAAUGCCCCUCAUGCCUUCUCCAGUCUGCAUGACUCCUUUUCUCCUCCCAUUCCUCUUCACACCUCCAGAACUACAUUAAUAUCUCCUCCACUCUCCCCAGUCAACACUGGUUUCACAAAGGAGGCACGACUCUCAUCCUCCAGCAGGAGUUCCGUCAAGUCUCUUCUUGAAGAACUGAAAAAAAAAAGAAGUGAAUCUCUUGAUGGUGAAGACCUUUCAUCUUCUCCGCUGAACCCUGAACUAAUCCAUCAGUACAAUAAAGAUGAUGAAUUUCUAAAAUCGCCAUCACCUGACUAUUUAACCAGGACAAUGUCUACAAAUCCAUUGAGCAGUUAUCAGUCUCCCACCAACAUUUUGGAUCAACUGAAUUUACGUUCUGAAAUAAUACCAGAUAAACCUGCCUAUAAUUGUCCUGCUAUGGACUUACCUGUAUCAGAUACCCACUUAACUUUGGUAAAAGAGAAAAAUGGUGACACAACUCUUGAAACAGCCCAUAAUUCAGUGAGUGUAGACCCAAGUGUUAAUGUGGAUAUUUUACCCUUAAUGUCUGACACAUCUAUUCCAGAAAAGACUUGUUCUGAUAUAAGCCAUUCUUCUCAGGAACACAGGCUAGAAGUUCCAAAUGAAUUUCCAAAACCAGCCACCAGAUUUAGGAGCAGACAAGAGAAUGCUGAACAGGCAACUGCAAAAUACACACCAAAACCUGCACCAAGGACUGUAAUAACAAAUAUGGGUAUUAAAGAAGUGUCUAAUGACAAUUUAAAUAAGCCAGGUGACAUGACAAAGGAUGAUAAAAUUCAUAGUAUUAAUGUAAAUGAAAUCGCAUUGAUCAAGAAGAGCUCAUUUGAUGCAGAAUCUGAGGGUGCUUCAUCAAAGCUGGAAACAAAGUACAGUUUUAAGGGUCUUGGGAGAGAUGAUCUUAAAGGAGGGAACAUUCCUUUAAGGGGAAAAAAAGAGGAGGACAGCAGUUUUGUGGAGCAGAUGAACCCAAAGACGGAUCAAUUGCAGAGUAAGAACUUCAAACCGAAAGAUCAAUUAAAGGAGCUGGGCAAAAGUAAUGAUGAAAUGUUGGUUAAAAAGGAGACUGAUGCUACAGGAAAUGCUAAUCUGCCUGUUAAGAAAAACAAAUUUCCUGUUCUUUCCAGCCAUACUGUGGAAGGGGCAUUGGUAAUCCCAGAUAGUGUGCCUCAACCUGACAUAGAAACAGAAAGAAUACUGAAGCAUACACAUUCUGGCAGCAAUCAAAUUUAUUCUGUUCUUGAAGAUAGUGUGAACAAAUCCUCCUCAUCUGUGAUAAGUGUUACUCAGACCCUGAUGCAUAAUGAAAAGCCUGUUCUUUCCAGCCAAGUUAUGGAGGAGGUGCUAAUAGUAAAAGAUAAAAUAAAUAUGUCUGAAAUGUUAAAGGAAGCAUCAUCCGAGAGCAGUGAAAUUCAAUCUGUAUCUGAAGUGAAUGUGAACAAAACCUUCCCAUUCACAAUAACGGACAGUUGUUUUUCACAGCAACAUAAAAUGCCUGCUUUUUCCAACAAUGUCCUGAAAGAGAUGUCAGAAGUGAGAAAUGAGGUGAAUCAGACUGACCGCGAUGACAGUAACCUUUUGAAGCUAACACCCUCUAAGAUCAAAGAAAUACAGUCUGAACCUGAGGUAACUUUGAAAAAACCACUCUCAACUACAGGAAAAGUACAUUUGUCCAUGCAGCAGAAUAAUAAACUUGCUGUUUCUAACCAAGUCACAAAUUGGGCUUCAGAUCUAAGAGCUGACAAGAAUGCUGAUGAAAUAUUGAAACAGGUACCCUUAGACAACAAUAAAAUGGAGUCUGUACCCAAAAGUGGUGUAAAUAAUCCAUCUCUGGUUGCAUGCACACAGGUAGAGGUUACCACUGAAGGCUCCUCCAAGGAGUUCAAGGAUCCUGAAGAAAAAGGAGUUCUUAAAGAAAGCAGAGAAAACAAACAGUUAAAAACAGUUAAAAAGCAUGUGCCUUUGGGAUGCAUAGAAGAUCAAUUAUCAAAUGACCCUCACGCUUCACCUGAUGCUCAGAAUAGUAGUGAAAUCUGUAAAAGUGUAGGGCAUCUGGAUGGGAAAUCCCUAUCCAGUGAAGUUCUAGGUCACACAUUCUGCUCAGAUGAAGACCACUCUCUGUCUGAAAUGAAGAAAAAAGGACAAGCAGCUUCUCUGUUUAAGCAGAGUAAUGUAGUUUCUGGUCCAGAAAAGCCUGAUUUUAUGAGUAGUAAGGAAAUUUCAGGUAGCAAAAACCAUAAAACUGAGGCCCCAGAUGAAUCUGCAGACUCUGCUACCAUAAAAGGACAAAAGUCGGUGAACAGGAAUGAAUUCAGUAAGACUCGAGAUGUUCCAUUUGUGUCUGACAAACCAGUGGAUCCAGUUCCCUCUCUCUCCACUCUCUCCCCCAUUACCUCUGAUCUUUAUACCCUCUCACCCCAGAAGACCAAUGCCACAGAGGGCCACAAUCAGCCUGUUACCUCCAGGGGGAAGAAAGUGUUGAAGGCCAUGGUUUUGCCCUCGGAGACACAGCCAAUUGUGAAGGAUGCUGCCACUGAAGCAACAGAAUCUGGUCCAGUCACAGGACGGCGCAGACCCCACCCAGUGAAACCACUGAGCUCCCAGGAAAGCCAGAAAACCACUGUGAUCAUGAUGGAAAGGGAUCUGAAAAACAUUGGGGUGCAUGAGGACAUACGUGGCCAGAGUGGACUAAUCAACCCCCAGGUUACCAAUACAGCAGAUGCUGCCCCCUACUCACAGUUGACUCGUGAAGAGCUGGUAGCUUUGGUGGUGAAACAAAAAGGGACUUUAGCUAAAAAGGACGUUCAAAUUCGCGAGCUGGAGGAUUACAUUGACAACUUGCUGGUCCGUGUAAUGGAGGCGACACCCAACAUCCUGAGAUCACAGCCAUCGAAACAAGCAGGCAGAGUCUAGUGAGGUGUGAAACCCUUUGGGAAGUGGGAGUGCUCUGAACACUUCUCUGAGAAGGCUGGCUACUUCUCACUUGGGAGUGUAGGGGCACUACUGCUAGAAAGCAAUCUUGUAAUAUGGACACCAAAACGUUAGGCAGUGUUCCAUGUGCUAAACAUAACUUCCAAGCACGAGUUUUAAUUUUUUGUGCCUUCUUCACUUUAGUUCCUACACUGUUAGAGACAUGCAGGAAAUCUGUUGGACCCGCAGAUAACCCAGUUGGCCUUUUAUAGUACAAGACUAUAUUUAAGAUUAUAUACAGUAUCUUGGCAAUUCUUUUUGAAAGGUAUUGAAAUCUUUGUGCAUUUUUAAUUGGUUACCCAAAAAUAUCUAUUCUUUCUCCUCUUUAUUUAGUAGUUCAGAUUGGAAUGCAGCAUUUUUGUGUUUUAACUUUGGUUUUCAGAGGAAUGUUUUGAAACCAUGAGAAAUGACUCGUUACUUUUCAGCUUUCAAUUUCAAAGUUAUCAGCCCAGUAGAUGUCAUUUUAAUUGGGAGAGUGAAAAAAUGGAAAAAGACAGGAUCAAACCUGGAAGUCCCCCUCAGACUUGGUACAUCUGGUCAUGUAGCUGCUUUGCAGUGCAACGAUUAGCCUACCAGUCAGGUCAUAUGUAAAAAAGGUGCCAAGCUCAAUAGUAUUAGAACAUAUGUUUUGGAGUUUUUUAUUGCUGUGUCCUGUUUGUUUUGGGGAUUUAAAAGAAUCUAUUUUUAGUGUUAUAAGUAAGGAAUUUCAUGGCAGAAUCAGCCAUUU